AAGCAAAAUAUGUGGUUGAUUGGAAAAUUGCAUUGCGGCCCCAGAUGGGCUGUUAGGGCCUGAAUGAAUUUGUAGCACAGGGGCAUUCUUAAAUUUGAGCAAGACUCGUGGACAAAGCUUCUGCCAUUGCAGGCUCCAGUUUGCUCGAUGACUGAGGAUCCCAUUUAGGUUUUCUGAGCUCAAACAAUAUGGGUUUGAUGUGACAUGGCAACAAUCAGAUUCCAGGGCGGUGCCGUUUUUCAAAUGCCAGUUUCCUACAUUUUGGAUUCUGGAUCAUUUUCUGUUUCACUUGUCAUUCUAUCAGCCAAUCUCUGUCAAAACCUAAAAGACACUGAUAAUCUGCUGACUGCCAGGAGAAAUUAUUGAAAUUAGUCUGUCAGUCAUAGUUGAAUGUUAGGUUGGGUCAGUAGCCCAGAAGGGGUGGUUACUAAGCUUUGGAGGGUUGGUUAUCAAAAUGGAAUUUCAUAAAUUUUGAACCUUUUCAUCGACAUCAACUUGCCAUCUUGCUACAAUUGUCAAGAGAUGAGACAAAAGAUGUUGGAGAGUGAAAGCAGUGGCGUUAAGACUAAACCGGCAAUUCCUCCACCACCGCCUCUUCCAAGAUUCUGGAUUGGUAAGACCAUCACAGAGAGUGUGACAAAGCAAGAGAUAGCUAAGUUUUGGAUCCGAAAGCGCUUUGAGGAAGAGGAUCACCUACUCGCUGCUAUUAAGGCUGCAGCACGAAUCAGGGCUCGCAAUCUUAUGGAGGAGGACUACCAGCGCUAUGAGGAGUCCUUGAAGGAUGCAGAUGGUGAAACUAAGGCGAACAAUUCCUCUGCCCCCAUCAAUAACGAGAAGCAAAGCGAAGUGCGCAUUGGCAUAAAAGAUUGGUGGACAAAAAGCAAGUAUGCAUACUUGAACCAACCUGCCAUUGAAUCCAACGAUGCUUCCAGAGCAAAAAGAAGAGCCUCUGCUUACGCUCCCAAUUGUUUCCAUUACAAGCCCACUCCACUCUAUCCUACCUCUCUGGGUGUUUAUUAGCUAUGGGGUCACUUCAAUCCAUUGCAUAAUUUGAAGGUUUUGUGAAAGUCGUUCUGGGUCCAUGAUUUCCUAUGUAAUUGAAUGGAGAUGUGUUGCUCCAUAUAUGAGUGCCUUUUCUUUUGUAGUCCACUGAAAUUUCUAAAGCAAGACUAUGGAAAAUGUAAUGGAAUGUCAAUGUCAAAUAAGUUCCUGUUUUAGUGAUUGAAAAAUCAAGUGAUAAUGAGUCAAAUCCACAAGUGAUCUUAUAAAGCUACAGAAGGUUAGGUUUCAACCCAAAAGAUUAGUUCUUUAUAAAGCUAAAUGACACACAGGUAGAUGAAGAUAAGGACAAGAAGAAAACUGGAGAGCUAUUUGGCAAAUGGGAAAGCAAGAACUAUUAAUAUAAUGAAUACAUGUUAUGUUCCUUCAUUAAAUCUCAAAAGGACUUAGUCAAAAGCAUUCAGAUAUUCGCAAAUUUAGUUCCUCUUAUUUAUUCGAGAGAGAAAAAAA